GCAUCCUGCUCGCGCCCGGCCCUGCCCAGCAGACAAACUCGCCUCCUAGGCUGUGUGCUGGCAUGACGGCCUUGCAAUUUCUUCUCCUUGCGCAAGGAGCGUCCGCAUUGCACGUGCUGCGCCUCCCGACGGCGCACUUGAGGUCUGCGGCGGCGGCGAUGGGAGAGAUCCACCGAGUUCCUGCGCCGGCGCCGGUAUCAGACAGUGCGUCGCUUGCGGGCGACAUGACGGGCGUAACAUACUACGAGGACAAGCUGUGUGUCGAGGAAGAGGAGUGCGAACUACCAGAGGAGGGCGAGUUCACCGUCGCGAUCCUUGGGGACCUACACCUCGACCCUCGAAAGAUGGAGGACUACGAAACGGGCCGCGGCCACUUCCUCCCCAUCAUCGAGGACGCGCAGCGCCGCGGCGUGGCGACCGCCCUGGUCAGCCUCGGAGACCUCGGCGAGUCCAAGUCGGUCGACCCGGAGAAUACGCAGGAACUGUUCGCAGGCACGACGGCGUGCCACGAGCUAGCCGCGGGCUACCUCUCCUCCUUCGGGUGCCCGUACGAGGUCAUCGGCGGCAACCACGACCUCGAGGGCAUCGACGAGUUCUCCACUGACGAGGCCAACCUCGAGGCCUUCUGCCGGAUCCACCACAAGCCGACAAUGCAGUUUUGCCGGCAGAUCGCCGACCGAACCCUGCUCGUCGGCCUAGGCUCGACAGUCUUCCGCACGGCAAAGUACACGAGCCACGAGGUGACAGUCGACGACGAGCAGCUCGCCUGGUUCGAGCGGCUGGUGAGCGAGCACCCCUCCGAGGAGGGGUGGAAGGUCUUCGUGUUUACGCACGCGCCGCCGAUCGGCUCCGGGCUGAGGGUGCUGCAGGAGAACCACGUCGUCAACGGCUGCUGCUGGCUGAACCACUCUGGCGGCAAGAACGGCGACCCGAGGACGACGACCAAGUUUAUCGAGCUCGUCCGACGGCACCGCUGCAUCAAGGCGUGGUUCUCGGGCCACUUCCACCUUGGCCAAGACUACCAGGACUCGAUCACCUUCCCCACCAUCCCGCGCGAGGAGGGGCCGUACCCGAACCGCGGCUCGUGCGUCUUUGCGCAGACCUCCGACGGUUUCGAGAUCUGCACCGUCAACCACGCCGCCGGGGGGACGGUGCGGCUCGACGCGACCAUCACCUACACCGACUCGAACCACGAGGUGGGCGUGUACGCGCACGACCACGCCGAGCUCGACCACGACAGCUUCAUGAAGGUCUACUCGCCCAGCGAGGGCGACGAGUGCUACGUCGGGUACGACGGCGACGGCGACGGCGUCUCAAUCGACCCGACCGACGGCUGCCAGGUGGACGAGGAGACGGUGGCGUGGUGGCACAUGAGCGACGGGCGCGUGCUCGGCGUGUACGACGGCCGCCUGAUUGAGUACGAGCCAUCGACGCUCGCGCCGCUCGGGCUGGUGGUGGGGUACGACGAGCUGCAGGGCAAGAAGGUCGUGGUGGUCGGCUCGGGCGUGCCCGACGAGUGCGUCGCCUCGACAGCGUCCGUCUCGCAGGCGGUGGGGAUGGAGGGCGCAGACUGCGCCGAGUUCGAGGGCGAGGAGCAGGCGGUCCUGCUUGUGGACGAGGAGACGGGCGGCAUCACGGUGGUGCAGCCCAACGAGGACGGCUCGUACUGGCGCAAGAUCGUGCGCAACAAGAUGGUGCGGAUGAAGGAGAAGCGGCGGGUGCAGGCGGGGCGCGCGUACGCGGAGGCCGCCUUCGACGGGUCGCCCGACGCGUUCGAGGGGCGCGUGGUCUCCUCGUGGGGUCCCUACACCUCGAUCGUGGGCACCGCGGUCAAGACGGGCGUCGCAGGCCUCACCACGCAGGCGGAGAACGUGGCCAAGGCCGAGCAGCGGUGGCAGUCCCUCGGCUCGGAGGAGCAGGGCCGCGCGUGGGCGGCGACGGGCAGCCAGCUGGCCGACGCGUUCAACAAGGUCGACGCGGACGGAAACGGCUCCAUCUCGCACGCCGAGCUCGCCGCCGCCAUCAAGGUCGUCGACCCCGCCUCCACCGCUGAGGAGGUCGCCACGAUGGUGGCGGUCGCCGACGAGGACGAGGACGGCGAGGUGACGCUGUCGGAGUUUGUGAUGCUCAUGCUCUACCAGCGAGGGCCCGCCCUCGCGAAGUGAGUCCGGGUCCCCGCAUGUGUCGUCCUUGUCAUGCAGAGUGUCUCUCGUACGGUGUGCAUGCAUGUGUAUCAUACAAGUCGUCUUGGAUUGCGAGUCAUGCGGGAUCAGCAAUCUCUGUCUCUUUUGUCGACUUAACGCGUACCUUUUAAACCCAGAUAUUGCA